CCUGCGAGAUGGACUCCCGUGGGGCGCCCCGGAAAAUGGCGUCCCCGCAAUGGCGAGGCUGCGGACGCCACCAGGUGCAGCUUCUCCCAGAGACCCGCCCAGGAUGGCGGCGCACCUGGACCCACUUUACCGUGGGAAGGGGGACUACUAAUUGGCGCGGCCUGGUGCGGUGGCCUCCCAUUGGCCGCCGGUUCCCUUGAACCCGCCCGCCGCCGUCGCUGAUUGGCGCGCGCGCGCUAACUGUCGGUAUUUGAAUCGGCGGCGGCAGGCGGCAGGCGGCUCGGCGCUAGCGGUCCGUUCUGCCCCGCCGGCAGGAUGAGUGGGCAGCGGCUCUUCCACGACGAGAACGUCGGCACCCAGCAGAGCAGCAGCUGCGACUUCCCGUUUUCUCCCCCGGAAGCCUCUGGCCGCCCGUCGGUCCUCCGAGUCUCACAGAAGGAGAAUGUGCACCCCAGGACCACAGCCCGGGCCGCGAAGGUGACCUUCCAGACCCCUCAACGGGACCCCCAGACACGCAGGCUCCUGAGUCCCCGCUGCUCGGAGGCCUGCCUGGCCCUGAGCAGCACUGAGGGCCUUGAGAAGGUGGGGCUCGGGGCCCCGGCGCACAGCCAACAGUUCCUUGGGGAAGCAGAACCCGGCCCAGCUGAAAGCUCUCCGGACAUGGCAGUGCCUUCAGGGGACAUGAGCUCAGUCUCUGAAGCAGGGUCUGGCUGCAGUGGCUUUGCCUCUGCCCCCCUGGUGGAUCCAGCACCCUCCAGCCCCUCUUUGAGCACAGCCGACAUGGACAGCCCAGUGACAGCUCCGGGCCUUGCGGCCAGCAGCCCCAAGCCCAAGGCAGUCACGCCUUCUGCAGCACCCCAGCCCGAGCAGGAACUGGCCCCGGGGAGCAGACCCGUGAGGCUGGAGCUGGACUUCUCAGAUAAUACUGGAGCCCGCAAAAGGGCAGUAUCCCCAAAGAGACUGGGGAGGAAACGCCAGGAGCAGCAGGAAGAGGCCCCUAAAGCCGAGGAAACAGCCGGGAGCCCCGCACCCCCACCCCUUGGAGCCUACAACCUGGACUGGGACAAGCUGGGUGACCCCAACUUUAACCCAUUCAUGGGGGGCAGCGUGCUCCCACCUGCAGACCCCCCCCAGAGCAGUCCAGAUGGCCCCAUGGUCCCUGAGAACUCACUUCCCAGCUUGCAGGCGCUGGCAGCGAUCGGGGAUGGUGCCCCUGCCGUGGCACCCCCAGAACAGGCCUCAGGAGCUGAGAUCCAGGGAGCAGCCCGGGGGGCUCCGGAUGCCUCCACACCCCCAAGCUGUCAGGCCAGCGAGCCAGAGCCACCAGCCCUGCAGGGAGGACCAGCCUGGGACCCGAAGGAGGAGCUCUUCCGAGACCCAGCCGAGGUCCUAGGCACGUGUGCAGAGGUGGACUACCUGGAACAGUUCGGGGCAUCCUCGUUCCAGGCCUCGACCCUGCGGAAGCAAUCCCUGUACCUCAAGUUUGACCCACUACUGAAGGAGAGCCCCCAGAGACCCGCACCCCCUGGCCCCAGUGCCCAAGCCAGUGCUCAGGAGACACCCCUGCCCGCCCCCACCUCCCAGAGCCCAUCUAAGGCUGAACUGGUGGCGUUCGACUUGCUGAGAACCCCGGAUGCACCCGUGCCCGGGCUGCCGCCAUGUGUGCCCUGCGGACCCAUCGUGGACAUGCUGCAGUACAGCCAAAAGGACUUGGAUGCCGCAGUGGCGGCCGUCCAGAGGGAGAAGCAGGAGCUAAGUAGCCAGUGCCAGGAGCUGCGGGCGAAGCUCUCGGAGAUGGGGAUAAUCAUGGACGAGUACGAGGCUAUUGCCUGCCAGGCCGUGGAGGAGGCUGAGAAGCAGAAGGCGGACAUGGAGAAGGUGCAACAAGAGAAGAAGCAGCUGGAGGCCGACCUGCGCUCCGUGGAGCAGUCCUUCUCCGAGCUCUUUAGGCGCUUCGAGAAACAGAAGGCGGCCAUUGAGGGCUACCGCACGAACGAGGAGUUACUGAAGAAGUGCAUGGAGGACCACGUGUUGCGGCUGGAGCAGGAGAGCCAGCGCUACCAGGCGCUGAAGGCGCAGGCCGAGGAGAAGCUUCGGCUGGCCAACGAGGAGAUCGCCGCCGUGAGCAGUAAGGCCCUCGCCGAGACCUUUGCCAUCCAGGCCAGCCUGCGCAAGGAGCAGAUGCGAGGGCAGUCACUGGAGAGGGUCGUGGAGCAGAAGACCCGGGAGAACGAGGAGCUGAGCAGAAUAUGUGACGACCUCAUUUCCAAGAUGGAGAAGAUCUGACGGUCGCCCACGGCAGCUCUGUCUUCUGGCCACUUCCUACAUCUAACCCCACCUAUGAAAGAGCUA